CCACCAGCCGUUCGCGAGCGACGAUCAGACCCGACGUGCGGCUCCGCCAUUGCUGCCAGAGCUCGAGCAAAGGAGGCCAGGCGGCGAGCCGUGCUUGGCUUUGGGGAGCCACGAGCCGAGGGAACAUCCGCAAAAGCAGGAGGCUAGGACUCCCUUUCGUCCAGGAAAAGAAAAUGGUGAAGCUGGGAAAUAAUUUUAGCGAGAAGAGCACAAAGCAGCCCCUCUUGGAGGAUGGAUUUGACACCAUCCCCUUGAUCACACCCCUGGAUGUCAAUCAACUACAGUUCCCACCUCCUGAUAAGGUGGUGGUCAAGACAAAAACAGAAUAUGAACCAGACCGCAAGAAAGGAAAAUUCCGUACUCCUAAAAUAGCUGAGUUCACAGUCAGUAUCACUGAAGGUGUCUCAGAACGGUUUAAGGUAACUGUUCUGGUCCUUUUUGCCCUUGCGUUCCUGACGUGUGUUGUAUUUCUGGUAGUCUACAAGGUUUACAAAUAUGACCAUACCUGUCCAGAAGGCUUCAUUUUCAAGAACAAUCAAUGCAUUCCGGCUGGAUUAGAGAACUACUACUCUGAACAAGACUCUAGUGCUAGAGGGAAAUUUUAUACAGUUAUAAACCACUACAACCUGGCCAAACAAACGAUCACACGAUCCGUAUCUCCGUGGAUGACAGUGCUGUCAGAAGAGAAACUUUCUGAGCAGGAGACUGAAGCAGCUGAGAAAUCGGCUUAACAUGAUUGAUCUUGUUGAUUGGAAGGUAUCAAGGGGGCUUUCAUCGAACGACUCAUUGUUAUGGAUAAUUUAGAGGUUACUCAUAUUUAUGGUGCAAUUGCUUUGGUUUGCCGAUAACUGCUUUGCAAAAAGGAAAAAUAAGAAAAUGAAAACUUAGACCAUUAAUGGCCAAGUGCAUAUCAGCAUUGCUUUAUAGCUUUAACACCAGUUUCUCUGUUAAUAAUUCCAACUUAGGUACAUUCUUGCAGUUUAGAAUUCCAUUGAGCCAUCCAGGGGUUUGGACACAGGGGAGAAUUGUGCAUUUUACUGUGUGUACUAAUGUUUUGUUUUUAAAUCAGUUUUGCAAUCUGAAUUAUCAUAGCCAUAACUAGAAAUUAUGUGGGUUAGUUAUAAACUGUAUUUAAGAUUGGUUUGCGACUCCAAGAUGAGUACCAAAAAAAUAAAUAAAGUUGGCCUGUUUUUUCUCACUGUAACAGAUAUGUUAGAAGUAAUUAAGUUUUUUGCAACAAGGCAUGCUUAAUUGUUGUUUUGUUAAAAGCUGUGGACAUUUCACUGCAUUUCCACUACGGCUAGAGAAUCUUGUAUAUGGACUUGCACUGACACAAAACAGACACUACGGAGAUGUACAUUAUAAUGGUGGAUCAUGAUGUUUAGUGAAUGUGCAAAAAUGUUAGGCAGCAAAAUAUUCUGAUAAGUAGUGGAGCCCUACGGAACAGACAAAAAAAAAAGCCACCGUAGAGGUAGCCCACAAUGUAGUAUGUGCAACACGACAGGAGGAGCAGUUUUCUUAGAACUUUCUCUUUUUGUACAACAUUAAAAUGUUUCCCUUUUUAUAUGUUGCAAAAUGCUUUGCGUUAGCAGCACUGUUUGAGCAUUUUCUAAUCUUUAGACA